AUUCGGGCGGGCGUAACUCCGAACUUUUGUUUGGUGUGUUGUGUGAGUUAGUUUCCGCCGCCGGGACAGAGGCGCCGGCCGGGCUGGGCCGGGCUCAGGGAAGCGCCGCACGGUCGGAGUUGUUUUGCCAGUUACUGCGGCCGGGUCGGUUUCCCUGCAGAGGAGUGAGAAGCACCAGCGACAGCAGGACGAGCCGCGGCCCGGGGAACGGGGCAUGCGGGGCUGGGAAUCUGGGCUCUGAGUCGCCGAGCCCCGCCAGGGAAGCGCCGGGGGGGGUUGGGUCCCGACGGAGCCAUGGAUCCCGGGCAGCCUCAACCGCAGCAGCAACCGCAGGCAACGCAAUCCCCGGCCUCGCAGCAGCAGCCGUCGCAGCCCCCGGGCACGGUGUCGGGGACCCCGGCCGGCGCGGCACAGCCCCCAGGCGCGGGGCCCCCUCCGGCGGGGCACCAGAUCGUCCAUGUGCGGGGCGACUCGGAGACCGACUUGGAGGCGCUGUUCAACGCCGUGAUGAACCCCAAGGGCGCCAACGUGCCUCACACGCUGCCCAUGCGGCUUCGGAAGCUUCCCGACUCCUUCUUCAAGCCGCCCGAGCCCAAGGCCCACUCCCGCCAGGCCAGCACUGAUGCAGGGACAGCAGGAGCCCUGACCCCACAGCAUGUCCGAGCUCAUUCUUCUCCAGCAUCACUGCAGCUGGGAGCUGUUUCUCCAGGGACGCUUACACCCUCCGGAGUAGUGACUGGACCCGGAGCUCCAUCUUCGCAGCAUCUCCGCCAGUCUUCAUUUGAGAUCCCUGAUGAUGUACCUUUGCCGCCAGGUUGGGAGAUGGCUAAAACGCCAUCUGGACAGAGAUACUUCCUUAAUCACAUCGAUCAGACAACAACAUGGCAAGAUCCUCGGAAGGCCAUGCUUUCUCAGAUGAAUGUCACAGCACCCACCAGCCCUUCUGUGCAGCAGAACAUCAUGAACUCAGCAUCAGGCCCACUCCCCGAUGGAUGGGAACAAGCUAUGACCCAGGAUGGAGAAAUUUACUACAUAAACCAUAAGAACAAGACCACAUCUUGGCUAGACCCAAGGCUUGACCCACGCUUUGCCAUGAAUCAGCGAAUCAGCCAAAGCGCUCCAGUGAAGCAGCCACCCCCUCUGGCUCCUCAGAGUCCCCAAGGUGGUGUGAUGGGUGGGAGUAGCUCCAAUCAGCAGCAACAGAUGAGGCUUCAGCAGCUACAAAUGGAGAAGGAAAGGCUGAGACUGAAGCAUCAAGAACUGCUUCGGCAGGUGAGGCCACAGGCAUUGCGGAAUAUCAAUCCCAGCACAGCAAAUUCUCCAAAACAUCAGGAAUUGGCUCUCCGUAGUCAGCUUCCAACAAUGGAACAAGAUGGUGGAUCUCAAAAUCCUGUUUCAUCUCCUGGAAUGUCUCAGGAACUGAGAACAAUGACUACAAAUAGUUCUGAUCCUUUUCUUAACAGUGGAACAUAUCACUCCAGAGACGAAAGCACGGACAGUGGACUUAGCAUGAGCAGUUAUAGUGUACCCAGGACCCCCGAUGACUUCCUGAACAGUGUUGAUGAGAUGGACACAGGUGACAGUAUCAGCCAAAGUAACAUACCGUCCCAUCAGAACCGUUUCCCAGACUACCUGGAAGCCAUUCCAGGGACGAAUGUGGACCUUGGGACACUGGAAGGAGAUGGGAUGAAUAUAGAAGGAGAAGAACUGAUGCCAAGUCUGCAAGAGGCUUUGAGCUCUGACAUCCUUAAUGACAUGGAAUCUGUCUUGGCAGCCACCAAGCUAGAUAAAGAGAGUUUUCUUACUUGGUUAUAGGGGCCUCAGGGAGACUGAAUUCUAAAUCUGUGAAGGAUCUAAGGAGAUUAGGACAUCUGUAUCUGAAGUUCAGAGCAAGCCAGUGUGGUGCACUGUGGCUUGUGCUCAGAAAAAGUAAAUGAACAAACACUCAACGAGAUUCUUUCGUUUUGCUCUUCCUUGCCCAUCGCUGCUGUUAUAUAUUGCUGACUUUUUUCCACAGUUGACUC